AUGGCGCUCCGGAGGCUGCUGCAGGGGAGUGUCCUGCCGCGGGUAACCGGCAGGGCUUUGGCACCGGCCGUGGCGCCGUUUUCAACGGAGUCCGGGGAGACCAUCCGUGCCACGCUCUUUCCCGGCGAUGGCAUCGGGCCAGAGAUCGCCGAGUCUGUCAAGCAGGUAUUCAAUGUUGCAGGGGUACCAAUAGAAUGGGAAGAACACUAUGUCGGUACAGAAGUUGAUCCCAGAACAGAGAGUUUUUUGACUUGGGAAAGCCUGGAGUCAGUGCGUAGAAACAAAGUUGGCUUGAAAGGACCUAUGGCUACACCUAUAGGAAAGGGUCAUCGAUCUUUGAAUCUUACAUUAAGGAAAGAACUUGGGCUCUACGCCAAUGUCAGACCUUGCAACAGCCUCCCAGGCUACAAGACCAGAUACGAUGAUGUUAACCUUGUGACAAUUCGUGAGAAUACCGAAGGAGAAUAUAGUGGUCUUGAGCAUCAGGUUGUGAGAGGUGUUGUGGAAAGUUUGAAAAUUAUUACCCGCCAAGCAAGUUUGAGAGUGGCAGAGUAUGCUUUCCAUUAUGCCAAGGCUAAUGGCCGGGAAAGGGUCUCUGCGAUCCACAAAGCCAAUAUUAUGAGGAAGACAGAUGGUCUUUUCCUCAAGUGUUGCCGUGAAGUGGCUGAGAAGUACCCUGAAAUUCAAUAUGAGGAAGUCAUCAUUGACAAUUGCUGUAUGACGCUUGUGAAGAAUCCUGGUCUUUUUGAUGUGUUAGUGAUGCCAAAUCUCUAUGGUGACAUCAUUAGCGAUCUAUGUGCUGGUUUGAUCGGGGGCUUGGGCCUAACACCCAGUUGCAAUAUUGGUGAAGGUGGCAUUUGUCUGGCAGAAGCUGUUCAUGGUUCUGCUCCUGAUAUUGCUGGCAAGAACCUCGCGAACCCGACUGCUCUUAUGCUGAGUGCUGUCAUGAUGUUGCGCCACUUGCAAUUCAAUGACAAAGCAGACCGGAUCCACAACGCCAUCCUCCAGACCAUCGCUGAGGGGAAGUACAGGACUACUGAUCUUGGUGGAAAGGCAUCGACAUCAGAGUUUACAAAGGCAGUCUGUGAUCACAUCUGA